AUGAGCUCCGGCGUCAAGCGACAGCGGCAACCAGCCGUAUCCUCCAAUGCCGAGUCCUCCAAGAAGCGACGUACCCAGACGCGCGCAGCACCCAAGAGCCGUGGUCCCUACCGUUUCACCUUUGGCAAAUACAAAGGCAAAACCAUACAAGAAGUACACGAUGAAGACUUUGGUUAUAUCGAAGACUUCAUCGUCUUCGAGGGUAUGAUGGGUGGAAACGAUAUACUCAAGAAAAAUCCUGCCCUUAGAACUGGUCUGCGCGACCUACCGAAAUCCUGGUUGGAACAAGACUCAAGCCUAGAACGACUUCUGGACAACGACCAGCCAGGUGGCCCGAGUAUAUACGAGUACGAAGCCAUGGUUCCGAAUCAAGGCAUGAUGAAGAUGAACGAACAGAGUACGACCGAUCGGGCCGUUAUCACCGCGUCUCAUCAAAACGCACCUACUGUCAAACUUGAAGACUUCGCAGAGGCGCUGGACGAUUCUCAUUUCACCAAGAGAUUAAGUCCGAUGCAUAUAGCGUUCACUGCUACGGUCAUACGCGUCGAGCGAAACUUUACAGACUUCGGAGUAGGAGGCUCGGACUUCGAUCCUUUUGAGAUACUGCCAUGUGGUUGGCCCUGGGAAUCCCCUCUGAGCACUGAAGUCAACGUUGUAAUUACCGGUCAGGACACGGUGUGGGCAGAGAAUCUGAAGCCUCUGGUAUACGGGCACUAUCGCUUCAGUGGAAGUCUUGGUACCGGGUCUUCCCCUCCCAUGGGCUGGCCUAAGAGUCUCGACGUUCUCAAGGAUCCGGAGACUGUCGAACCGAGCAGCGGGUACUGCUUUCGAAUUGCUGGUAAGGUUAAGGAGGUGAAUGGUAGGAGUGUCAAAGUGAGCGUCAAGAGGGAGAAGACUCGUUAUGCGAAUGGCUGGGAGAAGGAUGUCAGUGUGGAUCUUUCGGAAGGUGUUCAGGAGCCUGAAGUUGACGCGUCAUAUGUGUUCAAGGGUCAUCUCGAGCCGUUCACCAAGGUGUUUAAGGAUAUCAAGUUCAUCGCAGAGACUUGUAAUAAGACCGGAGAAACCCAGUCUUAA